UCCACGUGCUAAGUCGCUUGCUACACCCGACGCUACGCCCGCAUACUGCCGUCGGAAGAAGGGAAAAAAAAUAGAAAAAGUAAAAGAAUGAAUUUUUCGGAAGAUAUACAAGUGCGUGUUGUGGAAUCCGACGAGGGUGAAGCUCUAAUGCAGUUUCUCCUGGAGCACUACUACCGCGAGGAGCCGCUGACCGCCGGCUGCAGUCCCCCGGAGCCAGAGCAGGCUGACAAGGAUUUCUUGCUGUCGAACAUCCCGCACGGCACAUGUCUGGUCGUCGUCCAGGGCGGCAGUCGCAUUGUAGGCGCCCUCGUGUCAGGGCCUAAAGAUGCCGACGAGGCGGAACACCUCGCCGAGGAAGUGGUCGAGCAUUCCGGCACCAAGUGGGGCCGCAUCCUGCGGCUGCUUGCCCGCGUCGAGCGGGAGACCAACGUUUGCAAGCGAUACGGCGUACCUUCGACCAUACAUGUCCAUGCCUUGGGCAUUGACCCCAGACUGCGAGGCCUGGGCCUGGGCGCCCGCCUCAUGAGCGCUGUGGCCGAACGCGCCCGGGCUCUUGGCCAUCCGCUCGUGACGGUCGACUGCACCAGCCUCUACUCCGCCGGCCUGAUGGCCCGUCUCGGAUACGAGCUGAUCAACACCAUUCGCUAUGACGAAUAUCUGGACGAGUUCGGCCAGCAAGUCUUUCGCCCACCAGCCCCUCACGACAGUGUAAAAACUUAUGUGCUCCGGUUGUAACGCAGCUUUUAUCUGUCAUUAUAUAGAUAAGGUGCAGUUCGUAAACCAUUAUUUUAGUGCCCAGAAUGGGGUCCUCGUAUAUAUGAUAAGGCAAUCGAAAUCAAUGCUAUAGUGUAUUUUCACAUUAAUUUAACCAAUGCAGUGCCACUAAUUAAUAGGAACAAAAAAUAUUUGACACUCUUGAAAGAUCUCCCGCGACUAUUUAAGGCAAACAGGUAUGCCACACCAUCGAUCAUUUCCAGGGAUAUUCACAUGUCGACUCACAAAAAGCUUUUGUUAAUUUUAAAUUUUUUCCUAUAUGUAUUUUGCUUUAAUUUUUCAUCGCGUUUUUGUACGAUACUGUGCCUGCGUUUCAAAGCUUCUAGUUUACCACUUGGCAACCAUUUGUGGAACUUGUGGAACCUGUGGAACUUAUAGCAGCUUAUCGCUCAAAUCAAAGAGUCUUUCUCUGCAAUAUUCUAAAGAGCGAGCCCCUCUCCCACAUUUCUGCUGAAAUUAAUUUUGCACUCAAGUCAAGUAACGCCAAUGUAGACCUCAGGAAAUCGGCUAUAAACCUACUAACAUAUUAUGCGUAAAAAAUGCGAUAUUUUGUCUGUCAUGUGCCAGGCGCUCAUUGCAACAUAUCUUUACAACGAGAAUGGCCUUUUGGAUUUGUAGCUCCUGCCGUUCCCAACCCAACAUUUUGUAUCACCUAAUGGACAUUUAUCUGUAUAAAAAAGAGACUGCUUACUUUGAUACAUUGAAAUAUAUGGUUGAAAAUUGUUAAAAAGUUACAAAAUAUGUUUGUUCUUAUGUCAAUAUAUUGCGUUUGAUUAAAUUAGGCUCUAUUUGCAACUCAAUUUAUUCGACAAUAAUUUGACAAGUAAUUGGGUGUAGAUUCUGUAUGGUGGUGUGCGUGGGCAUUUCCAUUGAAAACCAAAAAUUUAAAAUUAUUUAACACACUUUUCUGAAUAUAUUGGAAUUUUGUUAAUUUUACCUAUUGACUUUGAAGUGACGUACUAAAAUCCGCAAAAUUUUUUU